AUGUCAACAACCGCCUUCUCUCCCCGCGCCGUGACAGGCGACCCCAUUCCCACCUUCAGCUACGGCGCAGGCGGGUCCUUUACCAUUUUAUGCUCUGGCCGCAUCGCCGCCACACCACGGGCCUGUCUCGAUGUGGUUGUCAAGGCAUCAGAAUACCCCACAUGGAACCGCUUCUGCCGAAAAUGCACCAUUGACUCCCAGCCCAGCCAACCCAACCAGCAACAACAGGAUCAAAUCAGCCUCCAACUCGGCACGCAAUUCACCUUUGACGUGCACCUCGACCCCUCUGAGCCCGACACCAAGACGGGCCAGGCCGUCGCCCUCGAAGUCAGCGCGCUAGAGCCCAUCGACGACGAUGCCCAAGAGGGCGGUGGCCGCCGCCGGGGAUGGCGAAUCGCCUGGCGCCAGCGCCCCAGCCUGAUGAUGCCCUCGUGGAUGCUCCGGUCGGAGCGCGUGCAGGAGUUCAUCGAGGUCGCCGUCGACGGAAGCGAGAGCCCAUCCGGGACCGAGACCGAGUACCGCUGCUGGGAGACCUUCUACGGCGUGCUGGCCCCCGUGGUCCGGCUGGCCGCUGCGAGGCAGGUCGAGGGCGGGUUCGAUGCGUGGCUGGCUGGGUUGAAGAGGCUGGCCGAGGGUGGUGAGCAGACGGCUGCUUGA